CCCACAUCCCUUUUUGGUAUCUCCGGUAGCGAGACAUAAAACAUAAUCCAGAUCCCAGAAGUUCUGUUGGGAGAAAAAUAACAGAAUCCAGGCGAAGUGAAGAACCAACACUUGGCCCAUCCUCUCAUCACUAUCGGAGAUCCAAGUGCGUCACUCCGCUGCAGAAUUAGACAGUUGCCGCAGUCAAUAUCUCCCCCAAAUCACAGAAGAAGCAGAGAAAUGGGGAGGCGGUGGACGGUCGGCGUUUUGAUCGUCGUCCUGGGAAUAGUAAUCGGAAACAAGCAAUUCGGUUCUCGUUUUGGGUGGGACAAAGACGCUGCAUUCCACCUCCUAGCUCAAUGGUCCGAUCGGCUGGGCAUUUGGGCCAUGCCUCUGUACGUUGGGGUUCACACCCUGACCCUCGCUCUCUGCUUGCCCUACGCCGUUUUCUUUGAGGCGGCUGCUUCUCUCCUGUUCGGCUUCUUCCCGGCGCUUCUCUGCGUUUUCUCUGCCAAAAUCUUGGGAGCUUCUCUGUCCUUUUGGAUCGGCAGGCUAGUUUUCCGGAGAUCAAGCUCAGCAGCGGCGUGGGUGCAGAGGAAUAAGUACUUCCAUGUCCUUUCAAGAGGAGUUGAGCGAGACGGUUGGAAAUUUGUCCUUCUGGCGCGCUUCUCACCCGUUCCCUCUUACAUGAUAAACUAUGCUCUAGCUGCCACUGGAGUUGGCUUCUUGGUGGACUUUCUGCUCCCUACAGUGGUUGGGUGCCUGCCUAUGAUUCUGCAGAAUACAUCCAUAGGCAGCCUUGCUGGUGCUGCUGUUGCUUCUGCAUCUGGUUCUCAGAGAUCCAAGGCUUGGUCAUAUUUGUUUCCCUUGCUUGGAAUUGCAUCUAGCAUUAUCAUCUCCUUGAGGAUUAGAAAGUACUCCGCUGAAUUCGCAAAGGUUGCAGGUGAUCCGAGUGGUGUUGCUGACGGUGCCAAUUCUUCAUCCCUACGUGGCAAUCAAGAUGCUUCAGCAGAGGAAGAGCACUGGAAGAAGCAAUCCAUCUACAAACUUCCUGCCUGUGUGACAGAUCUGAACAAGAUAGCAUACAGGCCCCAGGCCGUGUCCUUUGGGCCUUACCAUCACAGCGAGGACCAUCUCCUGCCGAUGGAAGAGCACAAGCAAAGAGCCCUGCUACAUUUCCUGAGGAGGUCCAACAAACCUCUGCAGCUGUUCGUCGAUGCCAUAGCCGAGGUGGUUGCUUCUCUGAAAGAGUCGUAUAACCCUCUGGAGGCACCAUGGACGGACGAGGAAGAUGCCACUGCAACUGCAAGCAGCAGCAAGUUCGUAAGGUUGAUGAUAGUCGAUGGCUGUUUCAUGCUCGAAGUUCUGCGCGUUGCUACUCACACAUUGGACGACUACGCGCAGAGUGACCCCAUCUUCAGCACUCACGGGAGGAUCUACCUCAUGCCGUAUAUCAAGCGUGACAUGAUGAUGCUCGAGAAUCAGCUGCCGAUGCUCCUUCUCGACAAGCUGCUUGCUGUCGAGUGCGGUGACGCCUGCAAGGACGAGGAAUACGUGAACAAGCUCAUACUGAAGUUCUGUCUUCCAAACACCCCUGUGAUCAAUCUAGGCAAGUGCCUGCACGUGGUCGAUGUGUACCGGAAGUGCCUCAUUCAUCAGGACGACGAAGCCUUGGGCAUGAGGAGGAGAAGGCGCCAACGUCCAACACGAGGCAGUGCUUUCUGCGAAGCCGGAGAUGACAUUGUCCGAUCAGCCAUGGAGCUGAACGAAGCUGGAAUCCGGUUCAAGAAGAGCUCCACCGGAAGCCCGAGAGACAUCACGUUCAAAGGCGGAGUCCUCAAGCUUCCGGUGAUCGAGGUGGACGAUUUUACAGAGUCCAUCUACCUGAAUCUGAUAGCCUACGAGCGGUUCCAUGUGGGUGCAGGGAAUGAGGUGACAUCCUACAUCUUUUUCAUGGACAAAAUCAUCGAUGACCAGAGAGAUGUGGCCCUGCUCGUCUCCAAUGGGAUCAUCCAGAACGCACUAGGGAGCGAUAAAGCCGUGGCAAAGCUCUUCAACUCCCUCUCUAGGGACACCGCCCUCGAUCCCGAGAGCAGCCUGGAUGUUGUGCACAAGAGAGUGAAUGCUUACUGCAAGAAGGCUUGGAAUGAGUGGCGUGCCAACCUCAUCCAUACCUACUUCAGGAGCCCUUGGGCUAUCCUCUCCCUUGUUGCCGCUUUCUUCCUCUUCGCCCUCACCAUUGCUUCAACAAUCUACACUAUCUACCCCUACUACUAUCCCAGGGAUGAUUCUGAACCUCCACAAUCCUCCCUGCCGCCUAUGCUUUCUCCAAAAUCCCUCUGAAUUGAUCUCUAGCCACUAGCCCGUUCUGUGUUUCGCUGUGAUUUCCAGGAGCAAGUGCUAUAGCUUGUUUCCAGUACUCCGCAGCCUGAUUGAACCAUGCCUCCACAAUUGCAUAUCUCCUUGCCGAAUUGCCUAGCGAGUGCACACUAUUAGCUCGUCCUUCUGGCUUUGGACAUCGUAUUAUUGGCCCCUACCCAGUCUCUGUUCCUAUUCUUUUUGUUUUUUUGCCCAUUUUUUUUUGGAACGGAAUGCUUUGAAGAAGAGGAAGAAGAAGAAUAAAUCAUAUCCUCCCAUCUCAUCGACAACAUUUUCCCACUCGUGCUUAUUUAUUGGUGUAUUCAUGUUGCUUUCAGUUGUUCAUUUAACUUUCAGUUUCCUUGUGGCAUUGCACUAAAAUCGGGCACAAUCGACCGG